UUUUAUUUUAAAAUGUAAUAAUAAAUGGAUUUAAGUCAUCGGGCUCCUUUAUUGUCCGAAUCAAUCCCGGAUGCUGACGUUCUCGAGGAUGUUGUUUCUUCAUUUGGCCACUCACUUGACAUUGUGCUUAAAACCAACUUUAAACCUGCUAAAACAAGUGAUUCUAAUCCUGCUUCGUCCUCAGAAUCUCUUACUUCAGACUCAUCCUCAACGAAAAACCAGAAACUUGCCGCAAUUUUCUCCCGUCAAUGGCUCUCAGGCGUGUUAGCCACUUUAUCUGAGAAGUUAUCUGAAGAUUCCCAUGGCACUGAUAGAACAGACCCAAUUCCGGUGCCUUCUGAGCCUCAAUUUGUUGAUGAUGAUAUGGACAUUCAGAACAUUGAUGACCUGGGGGUGUAUGUCGAGAACGCCAAGGUGUGUGGAAACGGACAAAUCGAGGUCAAUUACGACCUGCUCGAGAGUGAAUCUGUUAGUCAAACUAGGCCUAAGCUGAAAGCUCAGCAACUAAUGCAGUUAAUUCUCCAGGGCAAAAACACCGAGUGGUCCCUACAGAAGAAACUUGAAUAUUUUUGGAAAACAAGCCCAGGACUACUUCUACACCUAUUAUCAAACGAAGAGUCUUCAGAAACAGUUAAAGAUUUUGAUAAUGUCGUGAACGAGGAAAAACACGAAACCGUAUCAGUUGAUGAGGAAUCCAUGGAGUUUCUUAACAAUUUAUUUAAUAAACAUGGGCAGGACGACGUGGGUGAUUUAGAGGAGUAUUUGGUUAAUAACCCUAAGGUCUUAGUGGAUGAGGCUAACAAGCUCGGCUUAGUUGGUGUUGAUCGCUUAGUGGAGCUAUUUAAUAAAUUAAAAAAGGAAGUUGUUCAUGUGAACAAAAUGUCUAAAUUUUUCACAAAACUCGUGCUAGAUCUUGAGACUAAUCAUACAAAUUCUAGCACUUAACUCAGGUGUAGUAAUAAUAUAUAGUGAUUAGAGUUUAAUAUAUUAAGUAGAGAUCAUGUAGCCUCUACCGUCUUCUCUGUGAAGGAACCACUUAUUUGUGGAUUUGUACUGUAUUUUAACAUUUCGC